AUGGACGAUGAGUUUGAGCGUCGCAUGGAGCUGAGGAGACAGAGGAGGGAGCAGCAGCGACAGGAGUCUGACAAGGUGGGAGCUGCAAAUGAAGAUGAGGAGGAAGAAGCUCGUGAGCAAAGGAGACGUGCCAGAGAAGAGAGGAAAAAAAUGAGAGAUGCAGAAGAGACUGUGGCUAGUGACCAAGUCAUGGACGGGAACAAUGUGGCAGAGACAAACAGCAGCUCUACCCCGAGCUCUGGACUGGAAGAUGACCAGGCUUUACUUGAACGUUUGGCCUUGAGAGAGGAGCGCAGGCAGCAGAGGAUGAGGGAUGCUAUGGAGAGACAGAAGUCUCUGGAGCUGGAACAGACUUCUCCUGUUACCAACGGCGACGGGACAGACCAUAAACCAGAGGAAGAGCAGGCCGCUGUCUCAUCAGAGGCCCGGGCUGAGGAAGAGGAGGCACAAGAGGGACCAGCCCAGGAGGAAGAGGCACUGAGCUCCACACAAGAGAAAGAGCCAAAAACUGUGGAAGAGAUAAGUGCAGCGGUGAAUAAGGAGGAUGAAGAGGAACACCUUCAGUCUCAGUCUGAAGAAGCAGAGGAGGAAGAGGAGGAAGUGGAGAAGGAGGAGGAGGAGGAGAAUGGAGGACAGACAGAGGAAACUCAGCAGGACUCGGAGGGAGAGCAGGAGGAGGAGCCAGAAACAGGAGAGGAAGAGGAGCGAGGAAGACAAGAGGAAGACGAAGAAAGACAGAAACAAGAGCACAAGAGACAAGAGGAAGAACAAAGAGAGGAAGAAGAGAGGAGGAGGAGAGAGGAGGAAGAACGAAUGAGAGAAGAGCGGUUAAAACUGCAAGAAGAGGACAGGAAGAAGAAGGAGGAGGAGGACAAUCUCAGACGUGAAGAGGAGAAGAGGAGGAAGAGAGAGGAGGAGGAGGAGCGGCAGAGGAUAGAGCAAGAGGAGAGGAGGAAGAAGGAGGAAGAGGAGGAGAAGCGGAAACAACAAGAGGUGGAAAAAAGAAGGAAAAAGGAGGAAGAGGAGGAGAAGCGGAAACAACAGGAGGAGGAGGAGGAGAAGAAGAGGAAAAAGGAGGAAGAGGAGAAAAAGAGGAAAAAGGAGCAAGAGGAGAGGAAGAGGAGGGAUGAGGAAGAGAAGAAAAAGAGAGAAGUAGAGGAAAGGAAAAAGGAGGAAGAGGAGAGGAGGAAGAAAGAGGAGGAAGAAAAAGCGAAGAAAUUUGGACUCAAAGAAAAGAAUGAACCAAAAAAGCUUCUAUCGCCCUUUGAGAAUAAACUUAAGAAAACAGAAAAGCCCAGUUUCAGAGAAAAUAUAUCAUCCCCAUCGUCAGAGGACUCAAAGAAGAAGGAGGCAGAGAGGAAGCUGCAGGAGCUGAAACAGAAACGAAACGAAGCCGAGAGCGAAGAGAUUGAGAAGCUGAAGCAGAAGCAGCAGGGAGCAGAGGCCGAGCUGGAGGAGCUGAAGAAGAAGAGGGAGGAGAGGAGGAGGAUUCUGGAGGAGGAGGAGAGGCAAAAGAAACAAGAGCUGGAGGAAAAGAAAGCCAAAGAACAGGAGGAGAGGAAGAGGAUGAAGGAGGAAAUUGAGAAACGAAGAGCAGAAGCAGCUGAGAAAAAGAAACAGUUGGAAGAGGACAAAGAGACAAAUAAACCUGCCUUUGCGAUCAGCCCUAAAGGCUCCUCAAAGAUUGGGGCGAAGGCAGAAUUCUUGAACAAAUCAGCCCAGAAAACCACACCAAGCAGAGUCUCUCAUACCCCCAUUGUCUCCAGGAUUGGCAGUCGGCUGGAACAGUUCAAUUCUGCUGUACAAGUCAGAGUUUACUUGGGCCAGAAAGAGGUGAAACCCACUGUGACAGACAUUCCAACAGGAGGAGCUCGAAACCUCAAGAACAUGUGGGAAAAGGGCAACAUGGGUGGAAACGGUGGCGAAAGUCCAGCUCCUGCUAAUAAAGAAAUCCCUGUAAACAAAGUAAACGUGCCGGGGCGUCUGUCCAAUCGGAUGUCCAAACCAGUUGAGCCAGAGAAGACAGCGCCACCUACUGAAGAAGUGACAGCUCCUUCUCCAGCACAGAAAACACCAGCAAAGCCCGCAGAAGUAAAACCAAGUGAGAGUGCCAGCAAACGUGGCAUGUGGGAACCCAAGAAAACCUCAACGCCUGGCAAGUUGGGAGGAGGAGUCAAGAGGUGUAGCUCCAACAAUAGACUCCCUUUGACAGACCAAUCUGAAACCUCCUCACAACCCAUUCGACACAAAAUGUAUGACGUAGACGGCGGCGCGGUGGAGGAGGAUGAAGAAGUUCAGGAGGGUGAAGAUGAUUCAAAACCGAAGCCAAAAUUUAUGGCAAACCUCUCUGUCCCCAAGAUGCCAGAUGGAGACAAAGUGGAUUUUGAUGACAUCCACCGGAAACGUCAGGAGAAAGACCUGUCGGAGCUGCAGUCUCUCAUUGAGGCUCACUUUGUCCAGAGAAAGAAGGAGGAGGAGGAGCUCAUUACCCUCGUCAACAGGAUUGAGAAGCGUCGGGCAGAAAGAGCAGAGCAGCUAAGGAUUCGAGCUGAGAAAGAGAAGGAGAGGCAGACCAGACUAGCAGUGGAGAGAGAGCGCAGGGAGCAAGAGGAACAUCGUAAAAAACAAGAUGAAGAUGCCAAAAAGAAGAAAGUCCUAACCAACAUGGGACCAAAGGCUGACAAUAGAAAAGGAGCGAAGAAGCAGACAGCGAGAGAAAUGAAAAAGAAAAUUCUGGCUGAGCGCAAGACCCCUCUCAACAUCGACCAUCUCAACGAGGACAAACUCAAGGAGAAAGCCAAUGCUCUGUGGAACUCGCUGAUGGGACUUGAGUCCGAGAAAUUUGAUCUGUCAGAAAAACUCAAACGACAGAAAUAUGAUAUCAACCUGCUACUGGCACGAGUCAACGAUCAUCAGAACGCCAAAGGUCGUGGCAAAGGGAAGAUGAGUGGACGUUUGAGGUGA